GUGGCGAGGUGGGCGCCAGCAGGGGCCAGCAGCAGCGCAGGGCUGCGCUCGCCCGCGCACGGUGCACGCAGUCCCGGGAGAGGCGCCGCCUGCAGCAGCCCCCGGCCUGGCCCAGCGGAUCUGCCCCCGCCCUAGAGAGGCCAGCAUGGCACGUGGCGAGCGCCACCCUGGCAGUGCCCGCGGCUCGCCGGGCGCUGGGCGAGCGCGCUAGAGCUGGUGCCUGGAGUUCGCCCGUGCACAGCAGCGUGGGACCCGGCCUCCUAAUGUGCAAGGGCUGGUGCAUCAGCCAUGGUGGGGACUGAGCCGCUGGACGGGCAGAGCAGCGGAGCCGCGCAGCAGCGAGGACCGGGAAGGGUGCGAUAAGGGGGUGUCUCCGCGCCCCGCCGGGCCCCCGAAAUACGAGCGAACCCCGCCAGCAAGACUUUGGAAAGUUGCCACCGAGGAUGAUGGGCAGCGUCCUCCCCGAAGGGCAGGCUCCUGCGAGGAGCCAAGGGAGCGCUCUGGGGGCGCUGGUAUCGGAUGAUCUUUGCCUCGACCGCUCUGAAAACUCCCCCCGGGGGUGCUAAGGGAGUUGGCUGCAGGCCUGCCCGGCUGGAAGGGCUUCGGGACAGCGCCGCGGGGCUUUCCCGUACCGGAUCCUAGCGGAGUGCUCGCACCGGAGUUACCACUCCGGCUUCACAGCGGCUGGCGUCCCUGGUUUGCCUUCUUGACCCACAAUCCUAUUGCCUGGGCGCCGGAGGUCCUGAGGAGCGCCGAGGGGGAGAGAGUGGCGAGAGAAUGAAGAAGCCAACCGCGCAGGAGAAGCAUGAGGUGGCAGCAGUUUGAAGGGCUCCGGCUGAUGGUCCCAUGGGCAUUGCCGCUAUUGGUCCUGAGUCUGUGCUGCCGGGGGUUGGUAGCCGCCGCCGCUGCCGGCCCGGUGCCUGACCAGCAUGCCGCCUCCUCCUCCCCCGGCCAGGCGCCGCUGGACUGGCUGCUCACCGACCGGGGACCAUUUCACCGAGCUCAGGAAUACACCGACUUCGCCGAGCGCUACCGGCAGGGUUUCACCACCAGGUACAGGAUCUACAGAGAGUUUGCCCGCUGGAAGGUGAAUAACUUAGCCUUGGAAAGGAAAGAUUUCUUCAGCUUACCGCUGCCCUUGGCCCCCGAAUUCAUCCGGAACAUCCGCCUCUUGGGACGAAGGCCCAGCCUGCAACAGAUUACAGAAAACCUGAUUAAAAAAUAUGGCACGCAUUUCCUGCUCUCCGCCACUCUGGGAGGAGAAGAGUCCCUGACCAUUUUCGUGGACAAGCGCAAGCUGAGCCGGAAGGCGGAAACGGUCGGGACGGGAGGGGGCGGGAACAGCUCCACUGUCUCCUUGGAGACUCUGCACCAGCUGGCUGCUUCGUACUUCAUUGACCGGGAAAGCACGCUGCGCAGGCUCCACCACAUCCAGAUAGCCACAGCCGCCAUCAAGGUAACCGAAACCCGGACGGGCCCUCUCGGCUGCAGUAACUACGAUAACUUGGAUUCGGUCAGCUCAGUUCUCGUCCAGAGCCCUGAGAACAAAGUACAGCUACUAGGGCUGCAGGUGCUGCUGCCCGACUACCUGCGGGAAUGCUUUGUGGCGGCCGCGCUCAGCUACAUCACCUGCAGUUCAGAGGGAGAGCUCAUCUGCCGGAAGAAUGACUGCUGGUGCCAAUGCGGGCCUGGCUUCCCGGAUUGCAAUUGCCCUGAAGCCGACAUUCAGGCAAUGGAAGACAGUCUGCUGCAGAUGCAGGAUGCCUGGGACAAUCACAAUAGACAGUUUGAGGAGUCAGAGGAGCUCCAGUCCCUGGUGAAGAGACUCCCGGAGGAUCGCUUCGUGAACAUGACGACAGUCUCCCAGUACUGGGCAAUGGACCUCGAUGUGCAGCAUCGCUACCAGCAGCUGGGCACCAGCCUGAAGCUGCUGCUCAAGAAAACCCAUCGAAUCAUCCGGCGUCUCUUCAACCUCUGCAAACGCUGCCACAGGCAGCCUCGCUUCAGACUGCCAAAGGAGAGAUCUUUACCCUACUGGUGGAACCGCAUUCAGUCCUUCCUGUACUGCAGUGAGACCACCCCACUGGGGACUUUCCUGGAAGACAGCCACAGCUGCACCUGCCCCUCCGACCAAGUCUCCUGCCAGGGGUCCAUACCAUGUGCCUUGGGUGACGGGCCAGCCUGCGCUGCCUGCGCUGAGGAGAACAGCACCCGCUGUGGGACCUGCAACCCAGGCUACGUGCUCAGCCAGGGCUUAUGCCGUCCGGAGGUGGCAGAGUCCCUGGAGCACUAUCUUGGCCUGGAGACGGACCUGCAGGACUUGGAGCUCAAGUACCUCCUCCAGAAACGGGACAGCCGCAUCGAGGUGCACUCCAUCUUCAUCAGCAACGAUAUGCGACUGGGGAGCUGGUUCGAUCCCUCCUGGAGGAAACGCAUGCUGCUGACCCUCAAGAGCAACAAGUACAAGCCAGGGUUGGUCCACAUCAUGCUGGCCCUCUCCCUCCAGAUAUGCCUCACCAAGAACAGCACCCUGGAGCCAGUCAUGGCCGUCUACGUCAACCCGUUCGGGGGCAGCCACUCAGAGAGCUGGUUCAUGCCUGUGAAGGAGGGGGGCUUCCCAGACUGGGAAAGGACUAGCGUGGAUGCCUCGGCCCUGUGCCAAAAUUGGACACUCACCUUAGGAAACAAGUGGAAGACCUUCUUUGAGACGGUCCACGUGUACUUGAGGAGCCGGAUCAAGUCUUUGGAUGACAGCUCCAAUGAGACUAUCUAUUACGAGCCCCUAGAGAUGGUGGAUCCAUCUAAGAACUUGGGCUACAUGAAAAUCAAUAGCUUGCAAGUCUUUGGCUUCAGCAUGCCAUUUGACCCGGAUGCCAUCCGGGACCUGAUCCUUCAGCUAGAUUACCCAUACACCCAGGGCUCCCAGGACUCGGCCCUGUUACAGCUCAUAGAGAUCAGGGAUCGGGUGAACCGGCUUUCACCGCCCGGCAAAACCCGGCUUGAUCUUUUCUCUUGCUUGCUCCGGCACCGGCUCAAGCUGGCCAACAACGAAGUGGGAAGGAUCCAAUCCUCCAUGCAGGCCUUCAGUGCUAAACUGCCAAGCCCCAUGGAGUAUGAGACUGGCAAAUUGUGCAGCUAGCCUUGGGGCACCUGGAAUCUCUGAGGAGGGGCCCAAGAAAAGGGAGGGGGAUGGAGAACCGAGACUUCCGAAGGCCUUACCUUAGUGCCAACCGUGUGCUUCCACGGGACACCACGUGACCAGCCACAGGGAUGGCGGCACGUGAAGGAUGCAAGGAGAUGCCCAGGCCAUGGCAAGAGACUGCAAGGCAGCAGAUGCAAAUUGGUCAGAAAGGGGAGUCAGGCCUAGGGAGAUAGGGUGCUCACCUUGUAAUGGCUUGUAUUUCUCCCUCUUCCCAGUCACAAAUGACAAUUGUGACCAGGCAGAAAAAUCAACAGGUUAUUUCACCUGGGAACAGGCCCAUGCAGGGGAGAAAGCUGGUGGGAGGAGUCUGCCCUAGAGAGGAGACAUCUGGUAGUACCUCUGCCUGUGACCUUGCCUCCUGGUCUGUGAGCCCAGUCAGUGCGCCACACAGAGCUGGGAGGCAAAGAGACGGGCGGCAAGACCUCAGACCCCCAGCAGGCCAGAACUGCUCAGAGCGCUUCACUCCCACCCACCCCGUGGGAAGAGGCUAGCUGCGGCCUUCCUCAGCGCAGGCACUUUUGUAUUCUUUUUAACAGACAUUUCUACCCACAUCCCGGAUUUUCCAUUCUCCGUGUCACUUUCUAAGUCAUCAUAUUCCCUGCCUCUUCCUCCCACCCUGCUCUCUGGCAUCAUUCCCUUGAUGGCGGGGGAGAAGCUGGCCGAUCCCAGCUGGGGGGUCUGUGGGACAGGCAGCCCUGCCUGAUCUCCCCUAUUCCCCACAUGGAAGCCGGGAGCAGUCCGCCCUCCUUCUACGUCACGGCACCAUCAAUGCACCUCGGUACAUUGAGCCAAGACGUUCCAUCGUCGACAUGAACAGCGACUGGGCACCCGGACGGACACACCUGUCGUUACAGUCAGAGGUGGAGCUUUGUGGGUAGCUUCUCCUUUCAGGUUUUUAUUUAUUUAAUCAAUUGUUGGGUUUUUUUUUUUU